AUGCCUUACAACUGCUGCCUGCCUAGCAUCAGCUGCCGCACCAGCUGCUCCUCCAGGCCCUGCCUGCCUCCCAGCUGCCAUAGCUGCACCCUCCCCGGGGCCUGCAACAUCCCUGCCAACGUGGGCACCUGUGGCUGGUUCUGUGAAGGCUCCUUCAAUGGCAAUGAGAAGGAGACCAUGCAGUUCCUGAAUGACCGCCUGGCCAACUACCUGGAGAAGGUGCGGCAGCUGGAGAGGGAGAAUGCUGAGCUGGAGGGUAGGAUCCAGGAGUGGUGCCAGGAGCAAGUGCCCUAUGUGUGCCCAGACUACCAGUCCUAUUUCAGGAUCAUUGAGGAGCUCCAGCAGAAGAUCUUAUGCACCAAGUCUGAGAAUGCCAGGUUGGUGGUACAGAUCGACAAUGCCAAGCUGGCUGCUGAUGACUUCAGGACCAAGUAUGAGACUGAGCUGUCCCUGCGUCAGCUGGUGGAGGCUGAUAUCAACAGCCUGCGCAGAAUCCUGGACAAUCUGACCCUGUGCAAGUCUGACCUGGAAGCCCAAGUGGAGUCCCUGAAGGAGGAGCUGCUCUGCCUCAAGCAGAACCACGAGCAGGAAGUCAACACCCUGCGAUGCCAGAUUGGGGAGCGUCUCAAUGUGGAGGUGGACGCUGCCCCAACUGUGGACCUGAACAGGAUCCUGAAUGAGACCCGGUGUCAGUAUGAGACCGUGGUGGAGAACAACCGCAGAGAUGUGGAGGAAUGGUUCACCACUCAGACAGAAGAACUGAACAAGCAGGUGGUGUCCAGCUCUGAACAGCUGCAAAACUGCCAGGCUGAGAUCAUUGAGCUGAGACGCACCGUCAAUGCUCUGGAAAUAGAGCUGCAGGCCCAGCAUAACUUGAGAGAUUCUCUUGAAAACACUCUGACAGAGACUGAGGCUCGUUACAGCUCCCAGCUGUCUCAGGUACAGUGUAUGAUCACCAAUGUUGAAGACCAGCUGGCUGAGAUUCGUGGUGACUUGGAGAGGCAGAACCAAGAAUACCAAGUGCUCCUGGAUGUCCGGGCCCGGCUUGAGUGUGAGAUCGCCACGUACCAGGGUCUGCUGGAGAGCGAGGAUUGCAAACUUCCCUGCAAUCCCUGUGCAACAACCAAUGCCUGUGGCAAGCCCAUCGGCCCUUGCCCAAUUAGCAAUCCUUGUGUCCCAUGUGCCCCCUGUGGACCCUGUGCCCCUCGCUCAAGAUGUGGCCCCUGCAACUCUUUUGUGCGCUAAGAACCUCAAGGGUGGCAAAGAAGAGAAAGGAGGAAAGGGCCAAAUGCUGACUUUGCUCCAGCCCUGUUUCAUCUGAAGACUUCAGUAAUAUGAGCUGACUAUUCCCUGGCCUUCCUGUUGGAUUGCAACGUGAAAACUUCUCACAAGCCAAAAAGGACAUUUUCAGGAAAAUAUAGAUUUGAUCCCUGUGACUCUUGUCUCUCAAACACCCACUACUUUCACCUUCCUGCUCCUUCAGCCCAGCAUUUGCUUUUGGGGUGACUCCUGAAGC